AAGCAAGGCAAAUCUAGGUUUUCGGACCUUGCCAUGAAUGCGAGCGACGCCAGAUCUUUGCGUGUGCAGCUUACGCCACAGGGCCAACAUUCCAGAGCUGAGCGGUUCAGCUAUGAGCCUCCCGCACGCACCGUAUACCCCCCGAUCGUGGAGUUCUGUCGGCGCUAUGCCUUCGUGGCUUUCAUUUGGGUGGUUUUUUUGGGUACAGCAUUGUGGAUCGGCAUUGCGUGGGUGAAUCUGGCAGGAAACCCAUCGACCAAGGUGAACUCAAUUGGGAUACCGCGUGAGCUGAUCCCGUUGGCGAAGCUCUUGUCAGUCCCACUGGUAUGCCUCCUUUUCACUUGGUUUCAUGUGUGGCUGGCUUUGCAGAUGAUGUUCUUUCCGAUUGAAUUUGUUGGAUGCCCCUCGCGGCCCAUUGUGCCCAGCUGGUUUGGGUUGCCCAUCAAUGGUUGGCAGGGCAUUGUGCCACGAAAGGCUGAAGUCAUGGCCAGGCGGGCGUGUGAUCGCAUGAUUGGUAACAUUGUCACAGUAGAGGAGUUCAUGGAUAGAAUUGAACCUCAGCACUUCUUUGACACCCUGGAAGAAAUGAUGGGUGGACUUUGUUUUCAAGUUCUGGAGAAGAUAAUGUUGAAGCAUUUGCCAACUGUGUGGCAAAUCCUGCCUGAGUCUGUGCAGUCCGAGCUGAAGAAGAAGGUGUUGGAGGACACCAAGGAAAGCUUUGGGGCGGGGAUGUUGGAGCUUCGUAACAACAUUAGUUCGAUCCUGGAUUUGCAACAGAUGUCUGUGGACACCUUUGUCAACAAUCCCCGGAUGAUGGUGGAGAUGUUCCGGUCAGUUGCUUUGAACGAGUUAACCUUUAUCCAGCGGAUUGCUGCUGUGAUGGGUUUUCUGCUGGGCUUGGUGCAAGUGGUUUUGUACUUGAUGUUGCAGAAGGUCCAGGGUGUGGACUAUGUCAUGCUUCCGGUCAGUGGACUUAUCAUUGGCUACUUUACAAAUUGGAUUGCCAUCAAGAUGAUUUUUCGCCCUGUUUGGCCCCAUCAGUACUGUGGUGGCAGGAUCAAUGUGCAGGGGGUCUUCAUGAAACGGCAAAGGGAAGCCUCGCAAAAGAUGGCGGAGCUCAUCUGCCAAAAUGUGGUGGAUGCCCGGGCCAUGCUUCAUUACAUGAUGAAAGCUCCCAGCUCAACAGGAGUUGAGAAGGUGCUUCAAAUCUACCGGAAACAUGUUGACAGAUCUGUUGAGCGCAGCAUGGGCUUUGCCAGCCGCGUCGCAGUGGUUGCGCCAACAGUUGAAACACGCAUGGAUGAGCUCAAGCAAGACGUUGAACAGUUUUCGCUUGAGCUCCUUCCACAGCAUUCUCGGGCAAUUGAAGAAUACAUGGACACGGCCAUGAAUGUGCAAGAGACACUUACGUGGCGUUUACAACGUAUUCCCCCACCUGAAUUUGAAAGCAUUGUUCAUCCCAUAUUUGAAGAUGACGAGUGGAUCCUUUUGCUCGUGGGCGGCAUUCUAGGUGUGUUAAUCGGCCUACUUCAGGCUUACGCUUUGCAACACAUCAACUGAGUCAACUGACCUCAGCUGCGCAAUUUGCAAAACUGUCAGGCAUGUGGUGAUAACUGUGAAUUUCAAGCUAUGGAGAACCAGAGAAGACGAACGUAGCGAUGGCCUUCCUUCAACCCAAUAGCGGGCCUUCAACCUACCCAAAACCUGCUUGAGGACUGAUUCCUCAUCCUUAUGUUUGUUUCUCCGUUGUCAAGUCACAAGUUCAAGUACUGGAUUUGGCACAGCAAAGGUUGCAUUGGACGGUCUACCUUCUCGAACGAGCGGGGAUUGAAGGGCGGCUAUUGAAGAUACUUUCAAGCAGAGUACUGUAGGAUACUACUGUCCUGUUCCUUAAGAGAUCUAAAAGUAGCAAGCAGCCGUUCGGUGGCUAAGAUCUUGAGAAGAACUUGACAAUCGACUUGAAGGUCCGGAAUCAGUUUGUUGCACAAGAGGGGAACAAGAAGGAGCCCUUACGGCCCUCGCCUUGAUUUUCAUUGUUAGUUUGUCGCACCAUGUUGUACGCGGCACUUAAAGUUCCGGCGUUCACAACUACUACGUGCGGUGCAUGUCGAUCAGGCUCACUGAAGUAGGGGACCAAGUAUUGCAGAACAUCAC